AUGGGCUCCGUAGUCCUCCCCCACCUCCGUACAGGCUGGCACGUCGACCAAGCGAUCCUCAGCGAAGAAGACCGCCUCGUCCUCAUCCGCUUCGGGCGCGACUCGGACCCAGACUGCAUGCAACAAGACGAAGUCCUCUACAAGAUCGCCGACCGAGUCAAGAACUUCUGCGCCAUCUACCUCUGCGACCUCGACGAAGUCCCCGAUUUCAAAGCCAUGUACGAGCUCUACGACCCAUGUACCGUCAUGUUCUUCUUCCGCAAUAAACACAUGAUGUGCGAUUUCGGGACAGGAAAUAAUAACAAGCUGAAUUGGGUGUUGGAGGAUAAGCAGGAGUUUAUUGAUAUUAUUGAGACGGUUUAUCGGGGCGCGAAGAAGGGGCGGGGUUUGGUGGUUAGUCCGAAGGAUUAUUCUACGAGGUACAGAUAUUGA